CGUAUUCCUGUAUUCCCCGAGCAAGGUAGGGGAUGCAGUUUCCUGGCUUCAGAAAUCUGAAGAUGUGCAAAAACUAAAACAGGAACUAAAACAAAACAUUGCUGCAAUAACCAUGCUGGAUAUUUGAUGUGCUCACCUCUGAUGAUGUGCUGCCCCUCUAAGAAUAGCAUUGCUUCACAUCUUGGUAUGACUCUUGUUUUUUGGCGUUUCUCAGUAUCUAUAUCCUAUCCUUUAUUUUAAAAUAUUACAUAUAAGCACUCCUAACUAAAGAGCAGAUAGAAAACUAUUUUAUAGUUUAACAUUCAGUUACAAACCUCGACUUUAUCUAUUUGAUCCUUUCAUCCAACAACACACCUACAAUAUAAAACUAUCUUCGGAGAUUUAUUUUUCUAUACCAUCAGUAUUUCCAACUUAUUUAUCAGAAAAACAGCUCAUUCUUGUCCAAAUAGUAUUUUUGCUUCAUUUCUGCUACUAUGAAUUAUAUAAAAUAAAGAAACGUGUCCUUAACUUCCAUUUGGAGUGAUGAUGAGUUGAUAUUCAGUACCUUUUUUAAAGUCUUUUCUCUUGAAGAUCUUUUAAAAAUAUGUCCCUGACUGCAGACAAAGCAUAUAUGUAGCCAAAUUGCAGAGCAUAAUGACAACAACGACCCCAAAGGGACUUUUGAUCCACCUGCCCCCACCAAGGAGCCUUAACUCUUCACCUUAGACCCUUGACUCCUUAAUGAGAGAGGUCAGACAGUGGUUGGAUUUGUCCUGAAUAAGCCUCUUCUGUCUUAAUGGAGGGCCAUCUCUAAUACUGAUUGUCCUCGUCCAUUAACUCCUUAGUGGCAGAUCAGAUUUGUCAGCGACUGUGUCAGCGUUCUCUUCAACGAACACACACACACACACACACACACACACACACACACACACACACGCAGAAACACACCCACAUAAAUGGAAGAUUGAUGAGUAAUACUAUAGUUAUGUGGCGAAACAGGUUUUACUGAGACGAGACAUAAUUGGAUACUUGAAAACAAAGAUUAACAAAGUUAUAAAGCUGUUUGAGAGCUUCAAGCUGCUCGAUCUUGUCAGGAACGCCAUUGGUUCAUCAACACACACACACACACACACAGAGCUACACGGUCAAGGGUGCUGAUGAAGAUAGUGUGUCUACAGACACAGACAUUCUGUUAAUCAUGAUAGAACAAAGCAGGCGGAUCCCCUGAUGUCAACGAUAACAAAACACACACGCACGCUGCAAGGACCUGGAACAAUGACACUCCCCCAGCUGUCUAGACCGAGUGUAGGGCUGGCUGGCCUUUGCUGGAGAUCUCGGGGGGGGGGGGAUUAGAGCUCAACACUACACUCACCUGUUCUUUGCUACUUGUUUCUCAAUGUGUUUUUUCACGCAGUGUUGAUGCAAUGUGACAGGCACAGAGGGAGCUGGGUGUAUCAUGAGGUACGGAAACAAGUUAUACAUAGAGUACAGCUGUGGAUGACUUCUUGGUCACAUUGUAGGAAAAACAUGGUGUCAGCAAUAUGGUUGCGAAAUAGUAGUAGGAGCUAGAUUGAUGUGUAACAUUGGCGAAGUUCUCCUUUUAAAGAAACUCAAUCUUUGUAACAUGAAGGGAAAUUAAUUAUUGCACUUUUGGCCAAAGUGGCUGCAGUUCAGCUAAAGGUACACAGUCUCGCCACUUGAGGCCGACUGUAAAAGCGAGUCAAUCCCCCAUGUCAUGCUGUAGCAUGUCGCUUGCUGCUAGCUGUCUGCUACAUCUCCUGGGCCACCUCAGCUCACCAAGAUAUUUUAAAAUCUUAAACCUAAAACUCAGACCAGUUCCACAUCCGCUUUCGUGGCACAGUGUGAACAGUGAGUGUGUCAUACACAGAAACGGAUGACUGAUCGACCGAUGGAGACGCAGAGCUGUGAUAAAUUAACGAAUCAGAGCUGAAGAAAUGCUGGAGAGGGACUCUGCUGAGGAGGACGCGUUUGGGAGAAAUAAGGAGAGUGAAGAUUAUCACAAACGAUAGGGGGAAUCAUUGACAGUGUGGGCACGUAGAAUAAAACUCUCAGUCACUCCCAUACAUAUAUGAAUACAAACACACUGGCAGAGGGGUGUGUUUAUGUGUUUGUAUGCAUGAGAUGACUUGCAGAUAAACUCCUGGAUUUAGUCAAACACACUCUUAGAGCUGACCAUUUUGUCUUCCUGUCAGUUCUAUCACAGAGGAAGUUCCUUUCACUCUCCAUAAUGCUUUUCUACUGCAUCUGUGUUACAGAGGCUUGUUGGAUUUAUCCAUUUCCCUGUUUAUCGGGCCGUGUCUACUCUGUGGCUGUUGUAAUCCAAUCUAGACGAGGUCGCUGCAAGGACACCCCUGGCUUUCCCCUUCUGGGACCUCAUCUACACAGUGACAAUCAUGUUGAAUACAAAACUUGUAUUAAGGACAUGAUUAUGAUAGUCAUAUUUUUCAGCUGGGCUUCUGUGGUAAUAUCUCACCCUGCAAGUAGACUAUUUAAAAGACACACACACAGCACAAAUAUAAGUUACUUUACUAUAUGAGUAUAGUUUCAAUAUUUAGAUGGAUACAGCUCCAUCCGAUGUCCUCAGCGUCAUCUGCUCAGCGAAACAUAUUUCCUCCUCUCACAUCAUUAUAGCUCAGAGUAGUAGGCAAGAAGAUGUCGGCCCUCUUUAACCACAACAUAUAUUAUAAGAGAUAUGGCUGUGGGUGUCAGCAUUGUAAGUAGGAAGCAAGGCUGUAAACGCUCCCCACAGUGAGACUCCCCAUCCCCCAGCCUUUAGUGUCUUGUCUGUGUGCAUUGGUGUCUAGGUGUGUACGAAGUGCACGAAUAAGUGCGUAGGGGAGAACAAAGGAAAGCUGAAUGCCUGACACAGGAAACUUGAGACAUGAGCUGUGCUUCUACACACCAGUGUGCACGUGCCCUUUCACCCCACGGACCUGUGACACCAGUUUAUCGAGGUGGCUGAUAGGCGUGGGGGACACCGGAGGGUGAAACGAUUUCAGUAAACCUGGACCAUUCCUAGGUUUCCUUCGGUGAUUUAGAAUGAUGGCUGAAGCCAAGUCAUCAAGACUUUUUUUAUUUCUUUGUUAUUUUCCCACCUCUCUUCUUCUGCUCUCUUACUGUAUUUCUGUUACCAUUAGUGUGUAUAUAUUUGUGUGUACAGCCCAAGCUGUUGUCUAAGCUAUAAACAGCAGGAAGAAUAUGGCGUGUUUACAUCGGAAAUAGCUUCCUGCAUGUUGCUCAAGGUCUCACUGUGGGUUUGCCGCCCUUCUCGUGACUCCUGCAGGCAUUUGAGGCUUUGUGCCCCUGAUUUUGCCUGAAGGCACCUAGAGACCACCGUCGUCCUCGGUGAUGAUGAGUGAUUCAGGUAGACGUAGUCGCCAGGUCAAAUCAAUGAGAGUAUAUAUCUUGAAUCUUGAAUCUAAUGCUUCCUGUUUCCAUAGUAUCUCUACUCUAGCGUAUAGUGCAGUAAGUGCUUCUUUCCACUACAGCUGCAGCAUUGGUCCAUUGAGGGAAAGGACUUUUUUUUAAAUGUAACCCAAAGCAUUCUUAAAGGGAAAGAUGUACAGGCCAAAUAUGGAGGCUACACUAUCGCUCUCAGCUAGCAACAGUCUCCACGGCGACGGAGUUACCCACAUUUCUGUUGUCCCUCUGUCUUGUUGAUGUGGGAGACGGUUGGGGGGUGAAUGAGUGUGUUUCUGCAGAAUGAGUGUGAACAGGAGACGAAACACUAGCAGGAUGCACAGCAGACAAAGACUGGAAUGCCCCAGACUGUGUGCUCAGGCACCAUGCUCACCACUCCCAGUGGCUUCAGCCCCCAUCUGGCCUGUGCUGAGCCUGGGGAAGAGGAGGAGGCCCCACAGGAGGGCCCGGGGCCUGGUGCUUGCCUGGCUGAUGGGCCCCCGAUCACCUCUGCCUCCCUGGACACCCUGAUUCAUAACCUGGUGCCCACUGCUGAUUACUACCCCGAGAAAGCCUAUGUGUUUACCUUCUUGCUGAGCGCUCGUCUGUUCCUCCCUCCUCCGGAGCUGCUGGCCAGGGUGUGCGAGCUGUGCAUCAAACAGCAGCAGCUGGAUCAGAGCCCACUCGAUACGGCUAAAGUGCGCAAGUUUGGUCCCAAGAUCCUGCAGCUGCUGACGGAGUGGACAGAGACCUUCCCAUCUGACUUCAGGGACGAGAAGAUGGCCGGACACCUGAAGGACAUCAUCCACAGGAUCGCUCCUUGUGAUGAGGCAUACUGGAAAACCCUGAACCAGGUGUUGCAGAAGCUUAGCCAGCGACUGGCCCUGAUGAGCCAGGGGGAAGAGAGCAUCCUCAAGGUCUCCCUUAACGCCUCCUCCAUCUCUGACAAGCUGGUGGCUUUCAAAACGAAGCCCCCGCACAUCCAGAAGGACAUGCUCUCCAUCUGCAACGACCCGUACACACUGGCACAGCAGCUCACCCACGUGGAGCUGGAACAUUUGCGUCAUAUUGGGCCGGAGGAGUUUGUCCAAGCCUUUGCUCAGAAAGACCCACUUGAUGGAACCCAGCCAUGCUUCAGUGACCAGAAGAAGAAAACCUCCAACCUGGAGGCUUAUGUCAGGUGGUUCAACAGACUGUGUUACCUGGUGGCUACUGAAAUCUGCAUGCCAGCGAAGAAGAAGCAGAGGGCCCAGGUGAUAGAGUUCUUCAUUGAUGUUGCUAGGGAAUGUUUCAACAUUGGAAACUUCAACUCCCUUAUGGCCAUCAUCUCCGGUAUGAACAUGAGUCCUGUGUCACGGCUGAAGAAGACUUGGGGCAAAGUCAAGACUGCCAAGUUCUUCAUUCUUGAGCAUCAGAUGGAUCCGACAGGAAACUUUUACAACUACAGGACCGCCCUGAGGGGGGCCGCCCAUCGCUCUCGGACUGCCAACAGCAACAGAGAGAGGAUUGUGAUUCCCUUCUUCAGUCUGCUGAUCAAAGACAUUUACUUCCUGAACGAAGGCUGUGCCAAUCGGCUGCCAAACGGCCACGUCAACUUCGAGAAAUUUGUUGAGUUGGCGCGACAGGUCCGGGAGUUCAUGACAUGGAAACGGGUGGAAUGUCCAUUCGAGGAGGAUCGGGCCAUCCUGCACUACCUCCACACUGCUCCCAUCUUCAGCGAGGAUGGACUCUACCUUGCAUCCUAUGAGAGUGAGAGUCCAGAGAACCAGGUCGAGAAGGACAGAUGGAAAGCACUCAGGUCUAACGUUCUGGGAAAGACAUGAAGCACUGACGGCAGACGACCAGCAAGAGAGCAUGUGUUCUCAUUGGACUGAAAUGAACUGUGAAGUAACCUAGCUGGUACUUAGGUGGUUUUUUUUGUGAAGAAAUUAUGAAAAAUAUGAAACACGAUGAACAGGAUUCAUCAAGAAGAGUGUUAAAAGAAAAAGUUUAAAUGACGAAGAACAAAUCACAAAAAGUGAAUUGAAAAGUUUAAGCUAUGGAAACUGGAGCAAAAUGCCAUCACAGCAUAUUAAUCAUCAGUGAUGAGGUACAGUAUGUCGGCGAGGGAACAGCCUCCCCUUCCCCCUUCCCUCCAUGUGUGUUUACUCUGUGAAGAUAUGUUUACUACUAUAGAGAGUACAGUUACAGGGAAAACCUCUUUAUAUAAUGAAAUUCCUACUGAUUGUCGUUUUUGUAUUUGCUCCGUCUCCCCUUUUUUCUCUCUUUAUCUUCAUUUGACUUGUUUCCCCCUUUUAUGUGGAACGUACUGUAAUGAAACUUACAAUGAUGUGAAGGGCGCUGGCUAGCCCAUAUCAGCUGUCUAAUUUUAUAGGUCUACUGAAGGAUGGCAACUGUGUGUACAUGGGAGGAUAGAGCACAUGCCUUGAGCAUUUUACCGGUUCAUCUCACGUGUACUUUUAUAUGUUUGUGAUCCAGAUAUUCAUACGUUCUUGUGCAUUCGGAUUGUCACGGUCUUGUUUUGCAUGAGAACGACUGGAAAAGCCUGUUUAUUGGUCACCUCUUCUUGUAUUAUAAUUUAUUGGAUCUUAUUUUGGGCGGGGAAUAUGAACUGUUUAAAAAGUGUUUACUACUUUUAAAUGUUUUGUGCCAGUAAUGCGAAACAACUACAGUAUAAGUUAAUAGUCACAAUGGGAGCGAGGCCAGGUGUAGAUUGUAUACAGGUGACAUUUCCCCCAUAUCUUUCUGCUCUUCGGGAAGUUUUCUCUGACUGACAUUCAGUUGUCUGAUUAUAUUUAUGGAGAUUUCUGUGCUGACAGAUGAAUAGUUUUUAUUGUAAAUUUCCUUUACUGAUAAUGAAGUCCAACAGCAUGCUACAACAGGUAUUUUUAAAGGGGCAUUAAGCGUAUCCACCUUGAAAAGAUUACUACUGCGACACAAACUUUGCAGUGAUGAUGCAUUGUGGGAUUCUGUGGAAGGACAAUGGUGAAUUGGAAAGGCUGUAAAGUAAAGAGGGAAACGUGUGCCAUAUGAAUAACUGGUUGUCUGGACAAUUUAGGUUCCUCUGACUUGAAAUGUGUUAUUUAUCGUUUUGUGGGAUUGUCACUGAGCUUUGUUUUUGGCAGUUUCGUUGUGGUUUGGGAGCCAUUGUAAAGGGUGGGUGGCGGGAGAAGAGGAGGGUUAUGGGGAAGUAUGUAACUAUAAGCUUUUAAAAACAGUCAUAUUCAGUUUGCUAUAAUUGAUUGAUGUCAAUGAUUUCUCUUUAGGAGCACCUUUCCCUGUCAGUGACAGACUGACUUUGAUUCUCCCUCCUCAUUUGUCAUCGAUAAACUAGCUUUCCCUGAAACACAUUCCCCAGAUAAGUUAAGACUAAAGCGCCAGAGAUGUGAAGUCCAACCUGCCCUUCAAGAUGAAGACAUGUUUUAAUAAAACAUUGCCUGUGUUGAACAUGUGUUUUCAAUGACAAUUGCAAUAUUUGACAUAGCUCUUUUGAAUGGUGUCAUCACACUGCCAAGUCCCUCUUUGAAUAUUUGGCUUUCACACAUAAAUUGCUGUGUGCAGUUCAAGGACUGGAGUGCAUUCAAUGUUUUUCAAGGUUAUCGAGGCCAAGCAGACACAAUUUCGGACCCAAUAUCACUGCAAAAUGUGUGACUAGCCUUUAAGCCAUUAAUAAAAGUAAACCAUGCUUAGCGUA